UGAUGAUGCAUAUAGAAAUACAAAGAUCAUUCAACUACCCCACUCUCUCUCUAUUUCAUUUCAUUUCAUUUCUUUUCUUUUCUUUUCUUGUCCCCUUUACACCCUUUCCUUCCCCCUUCACACAUAAAAUCCACACCUAUUACCCACCUCUGAACUUUCCCCCAAUCCCUAGGUUUUGCUUCUAUCUAUCUAUCUCAACAUCCACUGAAUUAAUUACAAGAUAUAUACAAACCCUUUUAUUUAAUUCAAAUCAAAUUUAUCAAAGUUCGAGUCUUUUUUCACUUUGUUCAUCUGGGUAAUCUUGAAAGAUGCCUGCUUGGUGGAGCAGAAAGUCUAAUAAGAACAAAGAAGAAACUCAUCACUCUUUAUUUAGUGACCUUAAUUCCAAGAAAUCUUCCAUUAGUUCUGAUAAUUUGUCUACCAAUAGUAAUGACAAAAGGUCUCCUAGAAGCUUAGAAGAGUUGAGUCAUCAUGGGAUUUUGUCCCCUAAUUUAAGGGGAACUUCAUCUGGCAUUUCUGGGUGUGAUUCAGAUGGAGAAAGAAAAGUCGUGGGUCAUCCUCUUCCUAGACCUUCAUCAUCAAAUUGUGGUGGUCUUGUUGUUGUUGAUCAUGGUCAUGGUGGUGGUGGUGGUGGAGGACUAAUUGCACUUGGGUCUGCAUCAAUUUCUAGUGUUAGUUCAUCUGGGUCUAAUUCUGAUGAUCCCCCUCUUCUUCUUGAUCAUUUUCAAUCUGGGAUUAACAGUGGAAGGACGAAGAGUUCUGGUCCCGGAUCAAGAGGAGUUACAGCUGCUACAUCACCUAUUCAUCCACGAAUGACUUGUACGAAUUCAGAAUCUCCAACAGGAAGACAAGAAGAAGGGAGGUGUCAAGGCCAUCCCUUGCCCUUGCCGCCUAGUUCUCCUAGUAGUCCGUCUUCCUUGCCUAACGGGAGAGCUGCUGUGUUUACUGAAAACUCACACAAUUCUCUUUCAAAAUGGAGAAAAGGAAGGCUCCUUGGGAGGGGAACUUUUGGGCAUGUUUAUCUUGGAUUUAACAGUGAGGGUGGACACAUGUGUGCAAUCAAAGAAGUAAGAAUCAUAUCCGAUGAUCAAAACUCGAGAGAAUCUAUGAAGCAACUCAACCAGGAAAUAAACUUGCUAAGUCAACUGUCACAUCCAAACAUUGUUAGAUACUACGGAAGUGAGUUGGCUGGUGACACACUAUCCGUUUAUUUGGAAUUUGUCUCUGGUGGGUCUAUUCACAAAUUACUUCAAGAGUACGGCCCCUUUAAGGAACCUGUUAUCCAAAACUAUACAAGACAGAUACUAGCAGGCCUUGCUUACUUGCAUAGUAGAACCACAUUGCACAGGGAUAUCAAAGGAGCAAACAUAUUGGUUGAUCCUACUGGAGAAAUCAAACUUGCUGAUUUCGGGAUGGCAAAACAUAUAACAUCUUGUAAUUCAGUGCUUUCUUUCAAAGGAAGUCCUUAUUGGAUGGCUCCGGAGGUAGUGAUGAAUAAGAAUGGGUAUAACCUUGCAGUCGAUAUUUGGAGUUUGGGAUGUACAAUCCUUGAAAUGGCAAUGGCAAAACCACCAUGGAGCCAAUAUGAAGGGGUGGCGGCGAUAUUCAAAAUCGGAAACAGCAAAGAUAUUCCAGAAAUUCCCGAUUUCUUAUCGAAUGAUGCUAAGAAUUUCUUGUACCUUUGCCUACAGCGUGAUCCAGCAGAUCGGCCGUCAGCUUCACAAUUGUUAGAGCAUCCUUUUGUUAAAGAGCAAUCUGCAGGAAGGGUCCAUAUAAAUGCUACAAAUGAACCAACAUCUUUCUCCUUUGAUGGACGGCGCAAGCCACAACCUUUGGAAAUAAAUCCACGUAGAAAAAGUGUAAGUUCGUAUGAAAUGGAUAACGUUAGGCGACCUGGGUCAGCACUUUGGGAAGCCAGGGAUAAUCCAAGAUCAAUUACUUCACUACCGGUUUCACCUUCAUCUAGUCCAUUACAUAGACUGACGCCUACCUCCAAGAGUUGUUUUCUUUCACCGUCUCACCCUUCUUAUGCUUGGCCUGGGCAAAGCAGCAGCUACAAUGCAACUGAUCACUCGGUAUCUCCAACGAGAAGACGUGCAGGCUACACACUUGAUCCCCGGAUCGAGAGUACUUUGUUUAAGACCCAUACAUCCGGUGGGUCCCCUAAUAUGUGGCUUAUCUGAGUGUUGAGGUCAAUGAGUAAAAUUUUCGGCCGUGCUAUAUGUACAUAUAUGCUGGAGUUUCUCAGAAGUGAAGUUUGCCGCAUUUUCUCCGUCAAAAUUGCCACCGCGUAAAUGUGGGAAAUCACCACAACCUUUUUGUUAUUAACCUGUAAACCGAGAUCCCGCUUGAUGUUUCAACCAUAAAAAAUGGCAAAAAUCUAGGUUUUUGCUGGAUCAUGCAAUUAAUUGAGCCUGGUUUUCAUCAUGCUGUAAAUUACUUCAGUGUUGUAAAUAGUAAUUAUGCACAAGAUGUGUGUUUUUUAGUUGAGAAAGCCAGAAUUAGGACAAAGGCUAAACAUGUGAAUCACUACCCCAAGUUGUUUGGAUGGGACAGAUCUGUGGCUGUGAUUUCAUCAAUCAUUAAUUUUAUAGGUAAUUUGUUCUUGCUUAGUAUCAUCACUCAUGUAUUCAGGUCUUAAAUUAGGUCUUGUUUUAAUUAGUAUGUACUACUAAUUUCAUAAGCAACUUGGAUCCAUUAUUUCUAGCCA